GGUUUUUCUCUUUAAUUGUUAUUCAGUAUUAAGGAUGAAGUCAGAGUACAGGAGAUGAAAUCUUGUACUCAUGGAAAAGCAGUUACCAUUACACUAAUUUGGCUACCAGUUUAUUUUAUGACUUCUAUAAAAGCAAAUUCUGUGAGAGAUUUUCAAGAUUGUCAUCACGAUGAAGCAGGGUGCAGUUUUAUUGAGUUUUAGUACACUUAUGUUGAGUUUGUUAUCAACACAGGCAAUGAAAGAUCCCCUUGAAGAAGAUGAGUUCUUGGACAAGAAUGGCAUUCUUUAUGAGGACACAAGCUACUACAUUGAUCCCAAUGACAUGCUGGCUGAUGUCACACUGCGACGCCAGGUUAUCAAGAAAAAAGCUGCUCUUGAUGAGUCAAUGGAAAAACAGAAGAGAAUUGCUCAUGGCAUCAACGAAUGUAUGAACAUUGAGCGUGAGCUUCAUUCCUGCCAAGCUCAACAUGAUUUGCUACAACAGCAAUUGCAGUCAAAGGAGACGUCCAACGCUAAACUUGUAUCCAAGCUGAGUGAGGGCAACGCUGUGGACUUUGAGCUUCAUUACCGCCGUGCCCUUAGCCUCCUGUUGCAGUCUCUGCAGGUUCAGACUCAUGGCUGGGCUGCAUCAAGCACCAUGCAGCGACAGCUGACUUUUGUAUUGUCUGAGGAGCUUGUGACUGGCCUCCAGCACUGCAUCAAAAAUAAGUCAUCUGGAGACCUCGUGAGACACUGUGAUCAAGUGAUAUCUUCACUCUAUGAUGCAGUUGAACUGGCAGAAAACGAAAUACGCUCUUCUUUCUUAUGGCCAUCAUUUGAAAUUUCCUCCAUCCACGGAAUAGAAAUGCUGACGCUGAUGUUGACUGCUGUGAUCGUGAGUUUGGUAGGCUGGGCGGCUAUUCUGCUGCUAUGGGAUGUGAGGACCAAACGACGGUGGUGGCCAUUCAUGGUGCUGCUGCUGGUGCUUGUCUUCACCUUAUGCUGCCUCUGGAACUGGAGUAUCAUGGUCAAGGUAGGUACUGUGCUGCCUCUGGAACUGGAGUGUCAUGAUCAAGGUAGGUACUGUGCUGCCUCUGGAACUGGAGUGUCAUGAUCAAGGUAGGUACUGUGCUGCCUCUGGAACUGGAGUGUCAUGAUCAAGGUAGGUACUGUGCUGCCUCUGGAACUGGA